AGCAGAACAACAACAAAAGAGCAGCAGUCCGGACUGACGACGAAACGCCAACCUGCAGACCCCCCAAACACACACUUUUAUCUUAUUUCUUCCGAGAAGAAGCGACGCAUUUUUUCCUGUUUUUCUAAAACAACGUAAUCUACCUCGUUUUCGCGGACUUUAAGGACGGUUUCGGCUCGUGUUUGUCGCAGGGCUGGUAUUUGUACAGUUGCGCUCGUCAAAGUGGUCCAGACGUUGACUGAUGUCCAGCCUGCGCCUGCUAGUCCUCAGAUGAUCCACAGCCGCACCGUUUUUAUGCACUUUAGUUCCUCCUGCUGUGACCCUCACAGCUGAUGACCACAGCACCCGCUGCAGCACGCCGUCGUCCCCACCUGCGCAACUCUCCAGCCCUGUUCUCAGUCUCGGCACAGUGCUGCCCCCGCAGGACAUCCUGGGAUGUUCCAGAGGUUUGCUAGUGCUCUGUUCGGGGGCGAUGUGGGCGAGCUGAGUUCUUGCAGCCGACCAGGAGGUGGCAGCAAACAUGUGGAGGACGAGGACGAGGACUGGAUUCUGGUAAACUACUUGGCUGAAACCUGCUCCAGUCAGCACGGCGAUGACCUCUCUGAAUCCACAGUUGUGCCUGACGAAGAGGACGAAGACCUGGUGAUGAUCCCGUCCCCAAUCGCCAGUCCGCCAGUCCGCUAUGCCUCCUCCGUCUCCCUCAACUCCACGGCUGACACGGACCUGGACGGUGGGCCUGAGGAAGAUGAAUACGGGGAGGAGGAGGAGGGUGGCUUCCUGCGUUUGAAUGCCUCCUCUCUGGAGGAGAGCUGGUUUGUUACGCCGCCACCAUGCUUCAUGGGCCGCGGCAGCCAGCCUGUCCUCCUGGAAACCAGCCCUCUGGAGAACCUGCUGAUCGAGCACCCCAGUAUGUCAGUCUACGCCCACCAUAGCCCACCACGGCUGCCCCUGGACCCCCUGCCGCGCUCCCUUGAUGUGGAGCGUGGCUUGUUUCCUGCCAGUGGACCCGUUGUCUCGGCAGCCUCAGCGGCGAAGGAGAGGGGCAGAUGCUCCCUGGAGACUCCUCAUCACAGGUUGGAGGCUUCAGUGGUGCAGCAUCAGUCCGCCAUCCACACGGGUUUCUACUCCGCGGCACUGUCCAUGAACACCAGCCUCCUACAGCAGCGGUUGGGCCACGGCGCUCAGCACGUCCAGCCACUGUCUCGUAACACGCUGCGACGCCUCAACCUGCUGCGCCUCCCGAAACCUGGUGCUGUUCACCUGCACCAGCCCAGCCAGAGACACGUGAACUUCUGAGGCCAAGGAGUCCUGGCAGAGUCGCCAUCAGCAUGCAGAAACUAAGACUCGCCACGCACACUAGCAUCACAAAGAAGUGCACGUUGACGCCACACCUCUGAUGGGAUAAAUAGGGAAAGUAGCAGCAGAUUUUUUUUUUUUUUAUCAUCUGUUUGAUCUGUUCUUUUUUCUGAUGCUGAGAAGGAAUGUGACAAAAACAUCAUGUCUCCACAGUUGUCUGUCUCUCCAUCAGUCUAGUUUGUGUCCAGUCAACACGAGGUGAGAAGCCACACCUCCUUCUGUGUCUGUGGACAACACAAUCUGUAGACUCAAUGCUGUAGGUCACUUUACUCAGUGGUGGGAUUUCCGUGGCCACCGCAGGACGACCGAGUCGUAUGAUGUCACACAGCAACAGUUUCCUGCUGCGCUCAGGGCAGCGGGUGACGUGCCAAGAAAUGACUCACGCCCGUUUAAUCUGUUACCUCAGUGUUUUUAUCUGGAUAGAACAAGGAUUUGAUUCUGGACCAGAUUGGGUGGUUUAGUUUUUCUGGAUGGUCAUGUGAGCCAAAAACACAGACAUGCACUCACUCAUCUUUAACCACUUACUCCAAUGAAGGGUCGCGGGGGACUGGAGCCCAGCAGUCAGAGGGCGUGAGGCGAGGUUCACCCUGGACAGGACGCCAGUCUGUCGCAGGGCCACAUACAGACAAACAAACACAUUCACACCUAAGGGCAAUUUAAAGUUUCUAAUCCACCUAACCUGUGUGCCUUUGGAUG